AUGGAACAAAAUAUUAAGUCAAUCUAUUUUAUUAAAUGUGGAGUGUUAAUCCUUUUAAAUUGGUUAUAUUAUUUCUGCAAUGAAGAGUGUACUUUUAAUAUAUCAAAGAAAGAGCAUAAGUAUUAUAUGAAAUUAGAUAUAAAAAAUGUUCGAUUACUGGAAGAAUGCGAAGGAAAAAAUUAUUCAAAUUUUAUAGAAACAGAAGAAGAGAUAACUAACGAUGAAGAGUACGAUAAAAAGGCUACAAACAACAAAAGAAAGGGGAUUAAAAAAACAGACAUACAAUCAAAAAGAUGUUCAUUAUAUAAAAAAGAAUUUGAUAAGCAAUAUAAGAAACAAAAAAAAUUAAUUUAUAGAGGAAACAAAUUAUCUCACUUUGAAAGAAAUUUUUUCAAGAACCUUGAUUACAUAGAUUUUAUUAAAAAAAGGCCGUCGAUUAGCAAUAAGACAUACCAAAAGUUAGUAUGUAAAAAGAUUGGACAUAAAAUGUUUUUACCUACUUUAGUAAUCUCGUGGAUAUUAUUAGUGUCAUUAGGAGCUAUAAUUUAUGGUUUUUUUGAUGAAAAGAAUGUUACAGCAGAUGUAAAAUCUUAUGAUGUUACAUUAUUUCUCAUAUUAUUGUGCAUAUUAGUUGUCAUAUUGAUGUUAGGACUUGCUUUUACCUGUAUUAAAUUUAGAAAACAUAAAAGAAUUAUGAAAAGAAAAUGUUAG